AUGCAUUAUCUAACAAGAAUCUGGGCUCAUCUUGCUCUCUUAAUUCCUCUUGUGGCCAAGUCCUUCGCAGUGGCUGUUGCGCACCAAAAUGUUCUACGAUUGAACCCGACUCUGCUGUACAACAUCUCUACCAACUUUGCUGGCAACUCUUCGGAUUCAUUUCUUCAGACCACUGGCCUUGACAACUCUACCGCCAUGAUGAGACCGUUCAUUGCCUAUGAUGACGAGUUUGAACAUCUACUGGCAAAAGAUGCCACGCUGGAGCAUCUAUACACUAACCCAGACAACAAGCCAGUGGCAGACGAAAUGGGAAUAUGGGUAUGGGACCACAAUGAAGUAUGGAUGUCGUCAAGUUCGGUAGAUAACAUCAGCUACACGAGCAUUCUGGACCUGAGCGACCAGAGUGUCAAGCCCUUGCUCGUCUCAUCCAACGGUAUUCCAAUUCUUAAUCCCAAUGGGGGUGGAUACUUCAACGGAAAAGUAUAUAUCGCAGGGGACGGAAACGCGACAAUCCCGCCGGCUAUCUACGAGAUCGAUCCGGUAACUCUUGAUGCACGGAUUAUCAUCGACAGCUACUUUGGUCUAAGACUUAAUGGUCCAAAUGAUUUAACCUGGGGCUGUAGGGACAAUAAUUCGUGGUUAUUCUUCACCGACGACCCCCUGAGUUAUUAUUACAGCAAGGGUGACUUUCCCACGAUUCCUGAUGCAACGUGGCGCUGGGAUCCUAAAGAGGAGACAUUGCUGCCUGUUAUUGACCGCACGGAUAUUCUCAUCCCAAAUGGGAUCCGAGUGAAUAAGGACAGCACCAAACUAUACGUAACCGAUACACCGAGUACACAAGUCCCAGGCAGUGGGUUUGAACAGACAUCAACAUCGCCAGAACAAUAUUAUGGUAGUGAUACUUCGGCAAUAUAUGAAUUCGAUCUUGGCCCGGAUGGAUUUCCCUAUAACAAGCGCUUGUUUGGCAUCACCCAGCGUGGUAUAUCUGAUGGACUGCAUCUUGAUGACGACGGGCGGAUCUGGACUGCAGAAGCGGAUGGGAUUGUGAUUCGCAGUUCAUCGGGCAAGGUUCUUGGAAUGAUAAACGCCUUAGCAAUUCAAAGGCCUAAGGUCGCCGAUUCUAGUCAACUUCCGUUACAGAACUUUGCUCUAGCAGGAGACAGAAUCAUUAUUCUUGCGUAUACUCAGAUAUACCAAGUAAGACUUAGUCAUGCCAUAGUUAAAAGCAUGACCUAG